CCGGCGCGUUUUGUGCCGUUCCGUAUCGGCCAUCUCUGAACGAAUCGUUCUUUUUGUACUUGGCAGCCGUACAAGCCGAUCGAACCUUACUGGGCCGUCCCGCCUGAGUAAUUGCAGCGACCGAAACAACAGCAGCAGCAGCAUCGCUAUCAACUCGAUCAUCCGCCACUUCAAAGUCGUCGUAACACAAAACGCUGCAGCAGCAAGAUCAAAUUCCCAACGAUACUAGUAGAGCAUUAUCUCAACACCUCAACAGAAAUCAUCAUGCCUGAAGAAAAGAAAUACGCACACACCAAUGGUUUUGCUAACGGUUACGGUAACGGUGGACUUCCGCCAGAGAGCCCGGACGGUGAGAUGUUCCUUUUCACUUCUGAAUCCGUCGGAGAAGGACAUCCUGAUAAGAUGUGCGAUCAGAUCAGUGAUGCUAUUUUAGACGCACAUCUGGAACAAGAUCCUGACGCAAAAGUUGCUUGUGAAACUGUUACCAAAACCGGAAUGGUUUUACUUUGUGGAGAAAUAACAUCCAAAGCCAAUGUUGACUACCAAAGAGUAGUUCGAGACACAGUUAAACAUAUAGGCUAUGAUGAUUCAUCAAAAGGGUUUGACUACAAGACAUGCAAUGUUCUCGUCACAGUUGAUGAACAGUCCACUAAUAUUGCGGAUGGUGUACACGUUAACAAAAUUGAAGAUGCGAUUGGGGCUGGGGACCAGGGCCUUAUGUUUGGCUAUGCUACAGAUGAAACAGAAGAAUGUAUGCCUUUAACUGUGGUACUUGCUCACAAGCUUAAUGAAAAAGUAGCAGAACUCCGAAGAAAUGGAGUGCUUUGGUGGGCACGUCCUGAUACUAAAACACAGGUAACAUGUGAAUACUGUUUGGUUGGUGGUGCUUGCAUUCCACAAAGAGUUCAUACAGUUGUGAUAUCUGUGCAACAUUCUGAAAAGAUAACCUUAGAAGACUUACGACAAGAAGUUAUGUCUAAAGUUGUUAAAACGGUGAUUCCUUCUCAGUAUCUUGAUGACAGAACUGUUUUUCACAUUAAUCCAUGUGGUCAAUUUGUAAUGGGCGGUCCUCAAUGCGAUGCUGGCUUGACGGGACGAAAAAUUAUUGUUGAUACGUAUGGCGGUUGGGGAGCUCAUGGAGGUGGUGCGUUCUCUGGCAAAGAUUUCACAAAAGUUGAUAGAUCCGCUGCAUAUGCUGCCCGUUGGGUUGCUAAGUCUUUGGUUAAAUCUGGCCUUUGCAAACGUUGUCUUGUACAAGUAUCGUAUGCGAUUGGAGUAGCAGAGCCAAUAUCAAUUACACUUUUCCACUAUGGUACAUCCACUAAAACUCAAAAAGAAUUAUUGAAAAUUGUAAACAGUAAUUUCGAUUUAAGACCAGGCAGAAUAGUAAGGGACUUAAAUCUACGAAACCCAAUCUACCAACAAACGAGCACAUAUGGACAUUUUGGUCGCGAUAUAUUUCCUUGGGAAAAACCUAAGAUUUUGGUUGAGUGAUAAAUGGCAGACUUCUUACACAGUGUGUAUGUGUAUGGUUCAAAACAAAUGCGUAGAUAUUUUUUAUUAUGAUUUUUUUUUUUUUUU